AUGUCGUACAAUCGCUUGGGAGACCCCGACCCCUAUGGGGAGAACGACUCGCGCUCUCCCAUCAUGGAUCCUAACCACUAUCACAACCGCACCCCCUCCCCGGGGAGGCCAUUGAAUGGCUACCAGCUCGAGGAUAACCCCUAUGCGCCUCGUCAGCAUCUGCAAAUGCCCAAUUCCAGUGAUAUACUGGCCGAACAGCCAACAUAUUCCGUCGAGCGACUCCCAAAUUCAUACGGCCACAAUGAAGCCUACGAGGACCACCAUCGACCCAACUACGGAUAUGACUAUUCGGUCGACCCCGAGGCCCAUCACGACGCCUACUACACCCAACCGUAUCAGCCCACGGUGACCCCGCAAGACGACUAUGACCUCGGCCAGUACCCCGAACACCAGAACCCCUACACCGACGACCGCGUCCCCAUCCUCCAGCAGCCUGAAAACCCCUUCGGACCCGAUCCCUACAGCGAUGAAUUCCAGGAUGACCCCACCCUCGCGCAUACCCCCAGUCCCGCCCCCAUCAAACGAUGGAAGACCGUCAAGGAAGUCCAGCUCUUCAACGGAAACCUGGUCCUCGACUGCCCCAUCGCCCCCAAACUCCUCUCCCAAGUCCCUCAUGCCGAACCUCCAGGCCGUGAUGAGUUCACCCAUAUGCGCUACUCCGCCGCCACCUGCGACCCGGCCGACUUCUUCGAGGAGCGCUUCACCCUGCGCCAGAAGCUGUUUGCCAAACCCCGUCAUACGGAGCUGUUCAUCGCCAUCACCAUGUACAACGAGGAUGACUUCCUCUUCGCCCGCACCCUGAUCGGUGUGUUCAAGAACAUCGAGCACAUGUGCUCCAGAACGCAGAGCAAGACCUGGGGCAAGGAUGCCUGGAAGAAAAUCGUCGUCUGCGUGAUUAGCGACGGUCGUGCGAAGAUCAACCCGCGCACCCGUGCCGUCCUCGCCGCGCUGGGAGUGUACCAAGACGGCAUCGCCAAGCAGCAAGUCAACGGCAAGGACGUGACGGCCCAUAUCUACGAGUACACGACCCAGGUGGGCCUGGAGCUCAAGGGAACCCAGGUACAUGUCAAGCAGCGCAGCGGUGUCCCGGUCCAGAUGAUCUUCUGUCUGAAGGAGAAGAACCAAAAGAAGAUCAACUCCCACCGGUGGUUCUUCCAGGCCUUUGGUCGCGUGCUGGAUCCGAACAUUUGCGUGCUCCUCGAUGCGGGUACGCGCCCGGGAAGAGACUCCAUCUACCAUCUGUGGAAAGCAUUCGACGUGGAACCGAUGUGCGGCGGUGCCUGUGGCGAGAUCAAGGUCAUGUUGGAGCAUGGAAAGAAGCUCCUUAACCCCUUGGUGGCGGGACAGAACUUCGAGUACAAGCUGAGCAAUAUUCUGGACAAGCCGCUCGAAUCGGCCUUUGGAUUCAUCACCGUGCUUCCCGGUGCCUUUUCCGCCUACCGCUAUGUCGCGUUGCAGAAUGACAAGAACGGCCAAGGGCCGCUGGAGCGGUAUUUCCUGGGUGAGAAGAUGCAUGGCGCCAAUGCUGGUAUUUUCACCGCCAAUAUGUACCUGGCCGAGGAUCGGAUCCUCUGUUUCGAAAUCGUGUCCAAGCGCAACUGUCGCUGGCUCCUGCAAUACGUCAAGUCGUCAACUGGCGAGACUGAUGUGCCGGACCGGAUGGCCGAGUUCAUCCUGCAGCGUCGUCGCUGGCUGAACGGCAGUUUCUUCGCGGCGGUCUACGCCAUCACCCAUUUCUACCAGAUCUGGCGCAGCGACCACAGCUUCAUGCGAAAGUUCAUGCUGUUGAUCGAGUUCAUCUACCAGACGAUUGCGAUGCUGUUUGCGUGGUUCAAUAUUGGCAACUUCUUCCUGGUGUUCCAUAUUCUCACGACAUAUCUCGGCGACAAAGACCUCCUUGGCACGGCUGGAAAGGUGCUGGGCGUGGUGUUUGAAUGGCUGUAUCUGGCGACAUUGGUGACGUGUUUCGUCCUGGCACUGGGUAACCGACCGGGUGGCUCCAACAAGUUCUACAUGACCAUGGUCUACUUCUGGAUCGGCAUCAUGAUAUACUUGAUGUUUGCCGCGGUUUUUGUCACGGUGCGGUCGAUCCAGAAGGAGGUGUCCCAGCAGGACUUUACGUUCGCCACUCUGUUCACCAACAAGCAGUUCUUCUCGAUCAUCGUGUCCUUGGGAUCGACUUAUGUCAUGUGGUUCAUCGCGUCGUUUAUCUUCCUCGACCCGUGGCACAUGUUUACCAGCGGUCGUCUUCUCACCAAUCAGUUCCUCCAAUACAUCCUCCUUACCCCCACCUACAUCAAUGUGCUGAACAUCUACGCCUUCUGCAACACGCACGACAUCACCUGGGGAACCAAAGGCGACGACAAGGCGGAGAAGCUGCCAUCGGCCAACCUCAAACCCGGCGGCAAGGUCGACGUGAACAUCCCACAGGAUGACGGCGACCUGAACGCGCAGUACGACGCGGAACUGUCCAAGUUCGCGCACAAGCCGCCCAAGGAGGUGCAGGUGAUUUCGGAGGAGGAGCGGCAAGCCGACUACUACAAGGGCUUCCGCAGUGCCGUCGUGUUGGUGUGGGUGUUUUGCAAUUUUGCCCUGGGAGCCGUGGUGCUGAGCGCGGCGGGCCUGGACCGGUUCGACAACAGCAAAGACACCGAGUCGACGUCGAACGAGCGGGCGACCAUCUACAUGGCGGUGGUGUUGUGGAGUGUGGCGGGGCUGUCGAUUUUCAAGUUUAUUGGGGCCAUGUGGUAUUUGGUUGUUCGGAUGUUCUUAGGUGGACAUUGA